AUGCAGUACGUUGGGAGAGCAAUUGGAUCGGUUACCAAAAGUUGGUCUUCAAUUAAUCCGGCCACAUUAUCUGGGGCGAUAGAUGUGAUAGUGGUGGAGCAUUUAAAUGGGGAGUUGUCAUGUUCGCCGUUUCAUGUUCGGUUUGGGAAGUUCCAAAUACUUAAGCCUUCUCAGAAGAAGGUUGAAGUAAUUGUUAAUGGGCAAUCUACCAAUAUUCCCAUGAAGUUGGGUGACUCCGGGGAAGCUUAUUUUGUUUUUGAAACAGAUUCAGAUUUAAACAAUAUUCCGGACGAGUUAAUUGCAUCGCCGAUAGUGAGUGCUGCUAGUUCUCCCAGUUUAUCACCCAGACAAGAACAUGUUAGUAAUGGGAAGAAACUACCAGAGCCUGAUUUUUUAGAUAUCAAUGAUAAUAGCGAUGAUGGUACAGCAACAUCUAUACAGACAGAUCUUGAUUACGUCUCUACAAUCGAGAGGCCAAUGACUCCCACGAGCAUUGUUUUUAAGAGCAGCUCAGCUUUUGAGGAAAGGAUGAAUAGAAAACUGAACCAGAAGAAGAUUCCCAGUAAGGUUGACAACAAUGGUGAUCUUUUAUUGGACAUUGAAGGUUACAAGUCGAGCCAGGACAAAGUGCAUGAUACUGAUGAAAUGCUUAAACAGUUAUUGCAGGAAGAAUUGGGGAAGGAUAACGAUAUCUCUCCAUUCGUAAAGGAGGAUGAUAAUGGUAAUAUACGUAUUGUGAACCCCUUUGAUCAUUUGAAGGAUGGACAAUCCCCACCAGAUUCACCUGCAUUUUCUAGUGAAUCAUUAGACGCUAUACCUUGUAAUAAUAAUGCGCCAGAGUUAAAUUCAGAUUUCACAGAUUCUUUGCAUUCCCAAGGAACUAUCUCAAGUAUCCCCGAGGAAAAGAAUACAGGCGCGAAUUAUAUAAAGACGAUUCGUUUAACGUCAGAUCAACUACGCUGUUUGGAGUUAAAGUACGGAGAGAAUGAUUUGACGUUUUCUAUUGAUAAGGGGAAGGCAUUUGUAAAUGCAAAGCUCUUUUUAUGGAAAUGGGAUGUACCCAUUGUGAUAUCGGACAUAGAUGGUACGAUAACAAAGUCCGAUGCUUUGGGGCAUGUGUUGACGAUGAUUGGUAAAGAUUGGACCCAUCCUGGGGUUGCAAAGCUCUUUACAGAGAUCCAGAGGAAUGGCUAUAACAUCAUGUACUUAACUGCCAGAAGCGCAGGUCAGGCUGAUUCCACUAGGAGUUACUUGAGAAGUAUUCAGCAGGGUGGCUGCAGCUUGCCCAUAGGCCCGGUCGUAUUAUCACCAGACAGAACUAUGGCAGCGUUAAGGAGGGAAGUGAUUUUUAAAAAACCGGAAGUUUUUAAAAUCUCGUGCUUGAACGAUAUCAGGAAAUUAUACUUCAAAGAACUUCAAGGAUUUGACGAAGGUAAUGCGAAUAGUGAUGAACAACCCACCCCCUUCUAUGCCGGUUUUGGGAACCGGAUAACAGAUGCAUUGUCUUACAGGACAGUCGGUAUACCAAGCUCUCGGAUAUUUACUAUUAACCCAGAUGGGGAGGUUCAUAUGGAACUUCUAGAGUUGACUGCUUUAAGAAGUUCAUAUGUGCAUAUUAACGAAUUAGUGGAUCAAUUCUUUCCACAUGUCAAACAAAAUCCUUACUACCGUAAAGAUGAUGAGCUAAAAAGUUUGUCUCCUACACCAGGAUCACCGAUGUUCAACCCCGAAGAAAGAUCCUUUUAUCGUCAGCACGAUGAGAAAUUUUCCGAUGUCAAUUUCUGGAGAGACCCCGUUCUAAGUAUCGAAGACUUUUCCGAUAUUAGCGAUGACUGCGAUUACACAAUCAAUGAUAAUAUUAAGAGCGGUACAACUUCACCACCGCGAACAUCCUCGCCCCUUUUACACGUGCGCACCCAAAAGGAUAGCAGUCCGAUACAUGAAAUAGAACUUCCAACUCUUCCCAUUCUCUCAUCUGCUAUCAGUUACGAAGAGCAAAAAAAUAUGGAUUCCGACUCUAACGAACAAUCUCCAAAACUAGAGCCUCCUAACCGCUCUAAAUCAGUAGAAUCCCAUCUAGAAAAGCUUGGUAGGUCCAAGCCCAUUCAUCGCAAAGUUACCAACCUCAACGUCCUGCAAGACGCCAACAGCAAAUCCUAUGACAUACCUCAAGACCUAGCGGAUGAUGAUGACAUACUAGGUGAUGAAUAUACUGACGAUGAGUUUGAUGAGGAUGAGUUUGACGAAGACGAAUUCAUGCCAUAA